AUGCCCGGAACACAGAAGAAGCGCCUCAUCGUGUGCUGCGAUGGCACCUGGCAAGCUUCAGACAAGACUUACGGCACCAGUCCCUCCAACAUUGCCAAGCUCAGCCGCAUGAUCGCCCGCGAGGAUGGAAAUAUCCCACAAGUGGUCUACUACCAGUCUGGGGUGGGAACUGGAUCAUGGGGGUUGAUGGACAUUGGCAUUGCAGGCAGUGUCGGCAUUGGACUGUCGGAGAACGUCUCGUCAGCAUAUCACUAUCUGUCGACCAACUUCAACGAUGGCCAAAGCGCCAAUGAUGAGAUCUUCAUAUUUGGAUUCUCCCGUGGAGCUUACACUGCCCGCGCGCUCAGUGGACUGGUGACUGAGAUGGGACUCCUCAAACCCCAGUAUUUGGACAAGUUUCCCCGGGCCUUUGAAAUCUACAAGAGGCUCAGCAGCAAGGCGGCAAACAGAACCGACAACUUCCUGAAAUGGAAGGAUUACUUUGUCGGAGGUCUGUCUGCGUCGGACAGGAAUUUCUGGCAUGACCUCACGAACAAAAAAAUGUACAGGGACGUGAAGGUCAAGGUAGUCGGUGUCUGGGAUACGGUUGGUGCGCUCGGGAUUCCCGAGAGUUUCUUGUCCACCAUGCUUCCCGGGUUCAAUAAACGCUUCCAGUUCCACAGCACCGGCCUGAAUAUCAAAAUCGAAAACGCCUUCCAAGCCCUGGCGCUUGACGAGCAUCGUGGUGCAUUUCCGCCAACUUUGUGGUAUCUGCCCAAGUAUCUCCUUCGCCGGGCCGACUGCCCGAACCUCAAACAGUGCUGGUUUCCGGGCUACCACGAAUCCAUCGGGGGUGGGGGCGUCAAAGUCCAGUCCAUGCUUUCAGACUGGUUCCCCCACAUCAUGAACUGGAUCAUGCCCGACACUUCGCAGAUCCACGAGGUCACGCUCGCUUGGAUGUGCGACCAAGUCAACGGCCUUCUCAAAUUCGACGAUGAUGCCGUGCGAGACAUGCUCCUCAGGAACGGCGAAGCCCGAGGCGACUGGGCCGCCUGCAAAGAGACCGACAUGCUCAAGUACCUGAAAGUCUUCAACCUGAACUCGUUCGGUGGGUCCCGCACCAGGACUCCCGGCCGCUAUUUCGAAGAGCAGACCAACGAAACCAUCCACCCGUCCGUGUACUUCCGCACGAGCGAGGUCAAACGUCUCCACUACUCGGCCAGGCCGCUUCGCGAGCGCUUCGUCUGGGCCUACUGCGCCUGGCUCCCGCAAUUCCACGUCAACUUCGCGACACCCGUUUGGGCCCUGGGCACGGUAUUCCGCUUCCUAGGCACGGUGCUCUUCUACCUGGGAGCGCCGGUCCGGGCCUUCACGCCCUCGCUCUGGGAGGUCGCCGUGGAUCUCUGGGACAUGGGCGGCGACCUCGUGCACAUGGCGGCGGCGACGGUCGCCCAUCUCGGCCGCCUCGCGCAGAUGUUUCCCUUCGCGUUUUGCUACCUCGACGAGCCGCUCUGGCGGUGGCAGCAGCGCUCGACGGACCCGGACAAGCCCGACGGCGCGAGCUGGGUCCGCCGCAACGUCCCGUGCUCGGUGUUCCUGCAGAACGGCCAGGAAGAGGUGCGCAUCCAGGAGUGGGUCGUGCGGGCGUCGCCGGACCACAAGUUCAACUUCGAGAAGGACGUCAUGCCGGAGAAGGUGUGGGACAGGCUGGGCGCGAGGAACCGCAAGUCCAUCCGCCACGCCGAGAAGUCGCCCGACUACCGCAUGCAGUUCUGGACCAGGACCGACUGGGAGCACCGCGACGACCAGCCCAAGCUGUCUCACGGGCCCGUCCACCAACAGGUCACGAUUCCGCACCCCAUCCACGCCCUGCACGACACGAUCCACCACGCGUUCGGCGACGCCCGCAGAGUCCACGAGACGGCCCACAGGAUCGACGAGAGCGUCCACGAUAAUCUGCAGAGUCUCCCCCAUAGGAUCCAGGAUGCGCUCGAUAACAAGACGGAUCUCAUACACAACAGGCUUCAUGGGGUUGAGGGCGCGGUCCUUGGUGCUGUCGACAAAGCGCAUGAUGGAGUCGAAGGCUUCCAUGACCGUGCGCAUAAAAGGCUCGACGACCUGCAUGACCAGCACGAACAGGCUCGCCUUGAUAAAAAGAACAAGAAGCACCUGGACAAGAAAGGACGGGACAUGGAUGAUGGGUUGCACUAUGGUGGAGCGGUUCAGGGUGUCUGA